AGCGUCGUCAAUAUCAUCUCGCCCAUGGCCUCGUAGAUACCGGCAGAUAUCGGCGAUAUCGUUCCUGGUUUCUGACCGACCACGUCUCAAAUCAUCCGGGUAUCGUAAAUAUCGAGGAAGUUGGGAGAGAAGCUCCAGUGAUGGAUUCCAACGCGGAAAAAAGCGAAGCUGAGCAGCAACCGCCAAAGCAGGUGCCCCCUACUGCUGGCGGAAUGGACGACGAGAACUCGGUGACUAUGCUCGACGUUCUUCAGGAAGAGGCUGCUCUCGAGGAGGAUGCCAACGCCGUCCUUGGAGCCUCCGACGACCAAAACUGCACGUACAGCCAGGGAUACAUCCGACAAGCAUUGUACGCUUGCAGGACUUGCUGUAGCGAAGGUACUAGAGCUGCCAUUUGUUUUGCCUGUUCCCUUCACUGCCAUGAAGGCCAUGAUCUUAUUGAACUUUACACAAAGAGAAAUACCAAGUGCGAUUGUGGAAAUUCCAAAUUUGGCGAUAAAUCAUGCAACCGUGAGUCGACAAAAUCUCCAGAAAACGAAAAGAACAAGUACAAUCACAAUUAUGAUGGAUUUUACUGCAUUUGCAAUAGACCUUAUCCAGAUCCAGAUCAAACUGAAGAUGAUGAAAUGAUUCAGUGUGCAAUCUGCGAAGAUUGGUAUCACUCAAAGCAUUUAGAUAAUGAUACCAAGAGCCUUCCAGAGGAUGACGAGUACAGUGAAAUGAUAUGCUCUGGAUGCAUGAAAGAACAUGAUUUCCUGUGGCGAUAUGCUACUAAAUAUUCUAUUUCCAAAGAUAAGAAUGUCCACGCGAAUCCGGAAAAUGAAAAAGUUGACGUAGAAAAACUCGAAAUUGAGUGCACUUUACCAGUUGCUGAUUCUCCAAUAAAGGAGGGGAGCGUGUUCUGGUCGGCAACUUGGCGAUCUUCAUUAUGCCAUUGUGAAAAGUGUCAAAAAACUUAUGAAGAGCAUGGCUUAUCGUAUCUUCUGGACCCGUUCGACACUGUCCAAGAGUAUGAAAAAGUCAGUAAGGCUAAAGGAAACGAAUCUCUUCAUGAGAAGGGCAUGAAGGCUCUCGCAUCUCUCGGCCAUGUACAGCAAUUGACCGCUAUCGAAGAGUAUAAUAAAAUGAAAGACAAUCUGAAGGAAUAUCUUAAGAAAUUUGCUGAGAAUAAAAAGGUUGUGCGAGAGGAAGAUAUCCGGGAAUUUUUUACUAAAAUGGCAUCGCAAAAGCGCCAAAAGGUCGUUGUUCCAACUUUUUGCCGUUAAGGGCAUUUUAUAUUUUUAAAAAUGUUUUAAGUAAAAAAAAAAAAGAAAUUUAUCGUGUUUUUAUAAACUAAAUCUUGUAGCAUUUUACUUGAUCCAUUUGGGGCUACAAGAACUGCCAAAUUAAUGGUAAUUUAUUGUUCCUUUUCUAUAUGCAUGUAAAACGUUUAUACCGAUUUCGGGAACUCUUAAAAUAGUUUGUAGCAAUAGUAUGUUUACAUUAAAAAAGUUUUAGCGUUUUAAAAAAAAAUCCGUUUUGAAAACGGUAUAUCUUGUAUCAUUGAAAUCAAUCAAGGAUAAUUGUUUUUUUGUAAGGAAUUUUUGAAAUAUAAUUUUUGCAUAAUAAAA